UCAGUUGGUGCGUAGCUGUGCUGGUAGUGGCUUGCUUCAGCUAACACUGUGAUCGGGCUGAGUUCGACCUGUUGAAUGCUCUAGGAUAGUCUGACCUAACAAACAGUAGACGGCCUCCAAGAAAGAGGAUUGCAGAGUCUACAUGUCAACCGAUAUUUCAAGGGGUUAAUGAGUGCGAAAUGAGUUAGUGUGCGGUGCGGUGUAGGUGCGUGCGUGUGUGAGUGCUGGCAAGAUGAGUUUCUUCAACUCUCUGCAGCAGUAUGUGACAAGCAGUGUGGCCAACCUGAGUCUCAGUCCGAAGAGGUUCUCGUUGAGCAAAGAGUCGGGGGCGGCGGCCUCUGCGGAGGCCAAGGAGGUAGCCGAGGAGAAUGGAGGCGGAGCAGUGGGGGCGGCACCCGUGACGGGCGGUAGGUCAGCAUCGGUUCCCGGGUUUCCGAAGGUGGUUCCAGCGCCCGGCACUCUGACGCCCCCCAGGCGUCGCACCCUGGAGGGGCCCCGUCGUGUCGGGUCGUUCCGUCAGCCAUCGCAUCAUCCCAGGCAGCCGCUUGCCUUCUGCCGGAGGCGGUUGUCCUGGCCUGAAGUCGACCAACAGGCUACGUCUGGUGUGCAGGAAACAGAUGGUUCGUUUUUCGAGAGUUUCACAGCACUGUCCUGGAAACUGGAGAACAGGAGAUUGCUGACCAUGAAAGACAGCCAUCACGAGGAUCAGCCUCCCCCUCCCGAGACGUCGGUCGGCGUCAAGCCUCCAGUCUCACACCGCAUACAUACCAAAGAGUUGGAACAACUGUACAUCGAGGUACUGUACACGAUUACCAACAAGGUAGGCGCUUCCAGUGGUCAGUUCUCGCAUUACCAGGAGGAUCUCUAUUCGUAUGCACAAAAGGCAUUCAGCAUAUCGCACGACCAACAUCGGAGGUAUCUCGCUAUCGCCAGUGAGGAGAAGCCGCCAAUUGUGGUUUUGAACGUCGUUGUUUUGGAAGCUGAAGGCCUCGAAGCGAAAGAUGCAAAUGGAUUCAGCGAUCCGUACUGCAUGCUUGGCAUCCAGCCUGGCACAAUGGCUUCCCCGCAACCCUCUUCCCCCGGCUCCCCCUCCCCGGGUCGGUCGGCCAGCUCGAGGGCGCUGUCGGAGGGAGGCCUCGACCCCCCUGAACAGGGUCAUCACGAAAAACUACGGAAACACCACAGUUUCAGACUGAGCUUCAAACGAAAGGAGAGAAGAGAACACAGAGAUAGUAUCAGCUCAGCCGUUCCCGCCAAAUUCAUUCGAGCCACCACAGUCCGAACUCAAACGCUGAAUCCAAGGUGGAACGAGAAAUUCCGAUUUGAUAUCGAUGAUGUUACAACCGACAUAUUACAUCUUGAUAUUUGGGACCACGAUGAUGAAUCGAGUGUGUUGGACGCAGUGAGCAAACUGAACGAGGUGAGGGGCGUCAAAGGUCUCGGACGAUUCUUCAAGCAAAUUGCACAGAGCGCACGCUCUGGUAGCCAAGAUGAUUUUUUAGGCUGUGUCAAUAUUCCAGUCCAGGACAUCCCGUCGACGGGGCUUGACUGCUGGUACAAGCUGGAGGCGCGCACUCAGCGCUCGAACAUCCAGGGCCGCAUCCGCCUGAAGAUGUGGCUGUCGACAAGGGAGGACCGCGGUACCUCCGAGGAGGACACCUGGUCCGACAUUCAGCAGCAGGAGCGGCUGCACGCCAUAUUCAUCGACUACGAAAUGGCUAGGUGUUCGGGCUCGUGGAACGGAGAGCUGCCUCACAUAGCACUGAGUAUUCUGCACCAGCACGCCAUACAGGCAGACCUGACCGAACUGCAGUUGGCAGCCGUGGAGUGGCUGGCGUUCAGUCGAGUGCAGACCAGUCUCGACCCCAAGGUGCUCUACCGACAGCUCCACAACCUCGAAAACUAUUGGGGUUUGGAGGUCCUGUCCAAGGAGGAGGAAGAAUGGUUAGCCGAAUCUUUCAACAUAUUUUUGGACUACUCGUUACAGCUUAUAAGAAAGCAUCGGAUUCUAUUUCCUCCACAUCACAGACCAUCCAUGGCCCGUCUUGACAAUCUUCUUAGGUGUUUAGGAUUAUUAGCAUCGAUGAAAGCGUUUUGGAAAGUUUGUCCCUUCAAUAAGGAGAUAAGAGGAGAGAUCGCAACUGCAUUGAAAAAGGGAACGUUGGAAUGGUACGAAGAACAACACAAAGUAGUGGCUAGCACACGGGCGGAUCCCGAUGCCAGGAUAGCAGGGCUGGUGAAGCUGAUCACAGCACUCAUAGUCGACUUGCAACGCGGACUUGACUACUACAAUGCUACUUUCGAAAAUACAAACGGAGUAGCCUACUUCAGCUCUAUAUACAAGACGUUGGAGAAAAUGUUGGCAAAGGAUUUCAAAAAAAUCUUGGAUAUACUGGAGGCUGUAACAGAGGUAGGACCCGAGGUGAUGCAACUUUGCCAGCAGUUGAAAACGUCAGAGAUCGGCAGUGAACCCCCCACCCUCCCACCAGGGGCAGAAGUGGGCACGCCCAUAUUCGAGCUCUACCUCUGCAUACAGGAAUUUGCAAAUCUUCGAGAGCAUGUGCCUGACCAUAAAAUGCUGCAGGUCUCACAAUUCUAUGCCUGGUUCGAGCCAGCUAUCGAUAAAUGGAUGGAUCUUGCCAAAUUUAAGGCACUGAACAGGAUACGAAAAGCGAUGGAGCUGAAUAGAUUUUGUAUUGGAGAUCUGAUCGUUAAACACAGUACUUCGGCCGUUGACACAAGUGCCUGCUUCUAUCAAAUCAAAGAAUUCUGGAGACAGCUAGCCUGGCCGGAUGUUGUUGGAUCAUAUAAUCUUCUAAUGAAACUUGUAGAUAUCAUUUGUAGUGGAUCUUUGCAUUAUUCUCAACUUGUACAACAGAAACUACAAGAAACGGGUUAUUAUGAAGAUACUGGUGCAUAUAAAACAACUGACGAGCCAAUCAAUUAUGGAUGUAUGUAUAUGUGCGUGGCAAUGAACGACCUUGAGUACGUGCGGCGGUCGGUGAGCUUGCUGCCGGAUGAGCUGCAACUAGAGGCAGUGCUGGAGGUGAUCGAGGCAGCUGGCGACCGCAGCGGCCAAUGGCGAGACGCCAUGAUGGCAACACUGGAGACCACCACCCAGCAACUGCAGGCCGAUGUCAUGGCCAUCAUCGGGCGCAUCGGCGUCAAGAUGAGAGGCGCACUGAAGAAAGCGAUGUUCCACCUGGCGUGGUCACCCGACUCGCUACCGGCGAGCGAAGCGAUCUCGCCGAUGCUGGAGUACCUCGACUCGCACCUAAUCAGUCUGAACGCGGCUCUGUUGCCGCGCAACUUCGAGCGAGUUCUGUCAGUGAUCUGGGACACAGGCCUGCAAGAGUUGGCCAUCCAGAUGGACGGGCAUGCGCAGGACAAACUGCCCGGCUUCUAUGACCGGCUCUAUGAGGCACUCGAUAUUCUCACCGACUUCUUCCACGCCGAAGGCAAGGGUCUGCCUAUGGACGCCAUCAAGUCUGAAACGUACCGUGGUGUGGAAAUGCGUUUACAGUACCAUAAGACGGAUACCGAGACGCUGAUCACCCUGUACUACAUGGAGCGACUGCACGAACAGCUGACUGUGGAGAGCACAGAGUUCGGCACGCUCACCGUCAGAGCCUACUUCCAUCACGACUCGCUCUGUGUCGAGGUGCUCAACGCGCGUGACGUCAUUCCACUCGAUCCCAACGGUUUCAGUGAUCCUUUUGUGAUAGUCGAACUUCUUCCUCGCACAGUUUUCGCUCACUGUGCAGAACAAACGACAAAUGUGCAAAAGAAAACACUCAAUCCUUUGUUUGACGAAUGUUUCGAGUUCUCAGUGACCCUUUCGCAGUGUAGAAGUGAGGGCGCAAUGAUAGCGUUCACAGUGAUGGAUCAUGAUGUGUUGACUGCCAACGAUUUUGCUGGCGAGGCGUUUUUGUCGCUGGGCAGUAUUCCGGGUGUCAACUCAGCCUGCAAUGCUGACAACUUCCAUGGUCUCAAGCAGGUCGAACUGUUUCUCAUGCAUCAAAAGAAUAAAUUUCACCCAAUUCUUCAAACUCUGGAGUCAAGGAACUGGGACAAGCAAGCGCAAGAUUUUGUGAAAAAACAAAAGCUUAGAAUAAGCAGCUCUUAAUCAUUUCUUGUGCCUUCAACGUUGCUGACAGAAUUCGCUGAAAGGAUGUCAGGCAAUGUAUAUUAUCAGCUCGCCGCAUCUUGUGCCUGCUGGAUAUCAACUAACAAACCUCAUCUCAAUCUGAAAAUCCCGUCUUGCUGGACAUAUCAUAUCGUUUGUACAGGGUCUAUCACUAUCAUCUUUUUCUAUGCUAAUCUAUGAACUCAUCACUGAUUCAAAACACCAGACCAACUCUAUUUACCCACUUUCCUUAAAUCGCCGCUUGCAUCUAAUAAAAAUCUACUCUACUACCAUCUAUUUACCUCAUCGAAUAGCUACUGUGGAAUACUUGAAUAUAAGAAAUUCUUCGAUUGUUUUUUACAAUGGAUCAAGCAAGUGUGUAUGUAUAUACAGUAAUUUAUAAAUCAAAUACUGAUUGGAUACUCAAUAUAUUUAUCGGUGUGUGAAAAACUGAUUAAAUAACUAUAUUUGAACAAAUGCUGGUCAUUAUCAGUUCCGAAAUCAUUGUCAUGUAAUUAUAAAUGCAGUGAAGUGACAAUAUAUUAUUAUAUUUUAAUAAAUAUGAAUGCUGUGAAUGUUGAUUUUUAUAUUAUUUAUCUUUGUUGGAUCUUACGAUAGUUUGUUGAAAGGAGAAAAUAGUUUUUAUUUUGAUCAAUUAUAAAUUUGCUUCUUGCUCUGCUUAAUUCCAUAUUGUUGUUUAUACAUUGAAUGAAGUGUUGAUUCAAUAAAAUGUAGAUCAAUUUUAUACUA